AUGUUCGUCGAUGAAAAUCGACGAAACUCAGACAGUCAUUUUCCAUUUUUUAUAGUUUGCGUCAGCAUUGUCGAUAUAGCAUUACUUAUAUACACCAUUGUUAACAAUAAUGGCAUAGCUCCGAUGUCCGAAAAUCCGAUGGCUGGAGCUUCGAGCGUAACACUUAUUAGAAAUGGAGCCAAGUUUGUUCCUUGUAUGAAAUCAACGCAGAAUAAUUCUCUAAGCUAUACAGUCAAUUGUACGUCGAUUCCAUCAACUACUAAUACAAUGUGUACCUAUGAAGAGUAUCUUUGGUAUGUUUGCAAUGUCGGGAAUUUAAAGGGUUUUCCGUAUCAAGCUUAUCGGUUUUUUGUACCAAUCUUCCUACACGGUGGCAUAAUUCAUUUACUUUUGAACUUAAUUGCUCAAUUGUCUUUUGGAAUAACGUUAGAACGCAAGUUUGGCUCUAUUCGUGUCUUUGUUAUAUAUAUUCUAUCGGGUAUCGGCGGGGUUUUACUCAGCGCAGUUGGUCUUCCAAUAUCGCCUGGAGUAGGAGCAUCAGGAGCAUUGAUGGGUAUUAUAGCUGUUCAUCUUAUAGACAUAAUUCGCUGUUGGAAUGAAAUAUCAAAUCCGUGGACGCAGAUAAUCAUGAAUGGAACCAGCGCUUUAGUUUCAUUGAUCAUAGGAACUUUCGUUCCAAUGAUUGAUUACAUGGCACAUUUAGGAGGCUUUUUAAUCGGAAUUCUCAGUGGGUUAUUGAUUUGUCCAAAUUUAUAUUGGCAGAUCAACAACGAUUGCACAGCUGUGAAAUCAAGAUUGAUUAUAAUGGCAAUAUCAUCGGUUCUUUUGUUAGCAUUUUUCCUUGGUGGAUUUUUGGGAUUCUUUCAAACAACUGCUCCGGUUGCCUAUAUAGUCAAUUGA